UUGGAUGCGGACUGUGACUCCGCUGAUGACGAUGGCGAGGGUGAGGAGGAGGUUUGUCGUCGGCUAUCUGCGCGCGCGAAGAAGCUUCACGUGGACCAGCUGGAGUACUACGCCAGUAACCAAUGGCGCCUGCAACUUCAACGCUCCACCCUGGGUCUGAUUGCUGCCAUCUACUCGCGCUACGAUGCCCACCGAAAACUCAUCGCCAAUGAUAUCCUCGCAUUGCUCAACCCUCGAACGGCCGCAUCGGCGACGACGGCGGCCAACGGUGCUGGGAACACAUCGACGAUUGCCUCCACAAAUCGAACACCGGUUCGCACCUUUUGGUAG